UCUCUCUUGGACACAAACGCGCGUCUUUGUCAUCUCGAACAAACGCGUCUUCUUCGCGUCCGACGCGCGAUACGUCGUUUGAGCGCCCGGAAGCUCGGAGUCACAGCCGAGUUUUGUAAUUUUCAUUUUUGUACGCGCGAAGCAACGUCACGGAGAAAAAAAAACGACGAAGAAGACGACGGCGAAGUGAAGAAGACGAAGAGAACAAGAAAUCCGCGAAGAGUCGAGAAUUUGUCUCUCGAAGCGAAUUUCUCGAGACUCUCGACAUCCGGUCGACUCGCGAGUUUCUCGCGCGUUUAUAAUAUAUCUUGCGAGCCGCCAACAUUCGGUGUUAGUGUUUUGGCUCUUUCGUUCGCGAUUAUAUAUUAUUCUCGAAGAACAGUGUCGUUUCGUGUGAUCGUCAUAGACGCGUUCUUGGUGCGCGCGAACGAUCGAUCGAUCGAUCGAUCGCGCGAUCGUCGCUUCGGACUCGUUAUUUUUAUUUUGGCGGAAACAACACGACACGACGGCGUUUCGAAAUUGCCUCCUCUCUCGGAUACGCACGCCGUGACCGAUUUUAUCCAUUCGAACGGACGAAAAGUAAUCGCGACCGACGGCAAGAGACUUCGGGCAGCGUCUUUCGGAAUAUGUCGCAUCGCUCUAUCUUCCUCUCUGUCUCUUCUUCAGAGUGACGGCCUUGAAAAACUCGCAGCCGAUAAAUAUUAGUUCGAGCGGCUUUCCGAGCGGCUUUCAAAGCGGAUCCGCCGCUCGCGCGAAUACGUGUCGAUCUUCUUUUCGGGUGAGAUCGCGGUUUGCGCUCUUCUCUCUUUUUUUUUUCUUUUUUCUUUUCAUUUUACACAUCGACGGAAACGUCGCGUCUCUCUUAAUGGGAGUCUCGAAAUGUCGACCGUCUCGACGGCGACUCGGCUAAGUAACUGCGACGAAAACCCAAACUCGAAGAAUUCAAAUUUAUCGUCUCGUGUAAUCGCGCCCGUCGUCUAACGACGUUUUUUUUUUUUUAUUCUUCCGGCGCGCACAUCGGCGUGUACCGCGGUGACACAUGGAGACCGAAAAGAGAUACUCGCACGCUUACGGACAGCUGCGUAGAUUGACCAGCAAGAUCGACGGCCAAAUUAGACAGUUGAGUUCCGAAUACGGACUCACAGAAGACCAGGUAGCAGAGUUCAAAGAGGCAUUCAUGCUCUUCGACAAAGACGAGGACGGUACGAUCACGAUGGCGGAAUUGGGGGUUGUCAUGCGAUCACUCGGUCAAAGACCAUCGGAGACGGAACUGCGCGACAUGGUGAACGAGGUGGAUCAAGACGGAAACGGCACCAUCGAGUUUAACGAAUUUCUGCAAAUGAUGUCGAAGAAGAUGAAAGGCGCCGACGGGGAGGACGAACUUCGCGAAGCGUUCCGAGUGUUCGACAAGAACAACGACGGCUUAAUCUCCUCGAAGGAGCUGCGGCAUGUAAUGACGAAUCUCGGCGAGAAGCUGUCCGAGGAAGAAGUCGACGACAUGAUCAAGGAGGCGGAUCUGGACGGCGACGGAAUGGUCAACUACGAAGAAUUCGUGACGAUUCUAACGUCGAAAAAUUAGUUUGAAGAAUCGGGGAAGAAAAAGUGGUAGAGACGUCAAAAGCAUCAGAGGAUCUCCGACAAAGUGAGCGAAGGAAUAAACGGAUUCGCCGACCAACGGUUCCUCGACUUCCUAGGAUCGUAUAACGAGAAGUCGUUUCAUGCCCCAUAGAGCUAGUGGCACUCAAAGCCGUCGAGGGAAAAAAAAAAAAAAAAAAAAAAAAAAAAUCAAAACGUUGACAUCGGCCAGUCGAAGCCGAUCAACCGUCAAAUCGCUCGGAUGUACACGGUGCCAUGAGAGAUCGCGGAAAAGCGAGCGUGAUGAAAAAAAGUCGCAUCACGAUUUUACGACAUAGCCGAGAGAUUUUUGAGAGGGAAGUGGUCGCGAGAGAGAGUAGUCGUAAGAGUAGCGCGAGCGGAAAAUCUGGAGAGAGAAAGAGAGAGAGAGAGAGAGAGAGAGAGAAAGAGACACGCUCUGUAGAUCUUCGGAUUAUUUACGCGGGAUGCGCGUCAAUUGCCGCGAAUAAUACGCUUUUUGGAAACGGAAAAAGGGAGAGACUUUCUUCCGCGAAUUGCACGUACGCAUUAUUAUAUAUAAAACACACACACACACACAACACACACAUACAUACAUACAUACACACACACACCUCGCGCUCCUUCGGACUAAUCUUAUAGACGAGUAAAUUUGCAACUUUAGACGUAAUAUAUGGUAUAACGUAUAAUAUACGUAUAUAUAUAUGUAUAUAUAUAUAUACACACGGUAAAGAUACUUAUGUCAAAGAAAAACGAUGGGGGCAGAGGGGGGGGAAGGGGCGCGAGUCGCGCCGUCACCCGGAACAAUCAACCGAGCUUCGUUUAGACUUUUACGUACUCCUUAAUCUCUGGAUCUCCCCCGCGCCCCCGCGAUAAUAAACUUACUUACUUACGGAGCGACUUAGGAGUUAAAAAAAAAAAAACUAAUAGCUUUCCACGUCCCCCCUUGAGCGCUUCCGCGAGAAAGUCCUGUGUGAUAUAUAACUAGUAUAUACAUGUAUGUUUGCAUAAUAUAUAUAUAUAUAUACACACACAUACACACAAACACACACACACAUAUGUUACUAUACUACUAAACGAUAUUUCUCCCGAUAUAUUCUCUCCUCCCUUUGCGUCGAGCGUUUUCUCGAAAACGCGACGCUUAAAUGAGAAAAAAAUAAAAAUAAAAAUAAAGUAUAUCGUACUUCGAGUGUUUUUACCGCUUGUAUUAUACGCGGACGACGCGUAACCCAUAAAGUGUAGCCACGUCACACACGCACGUCUCUGUCGAUCUUAUUGUCAACCCCCUCUCAUCGCCAUCACUUCUUAUGAAUCCUUAGCGGACCUUAUAGCGGGCACACAACACGCUAAAAAACAAAACAAAAAAACAAAAAAAAAAAAAAAAAA